CCCUUAACCACGAUUUCCUUUUCUCAUUCCCGAUCAAACCAGAUAGAGAUCUUCGUCGAACAACUUCACGAUUCACGAACUCUGUGAUAAUAAAGCUAUCAAAUUUCGAAGAACGAUAAAUUAAAAUGGUUUGAGAUGCCUUUUAAUGUGUGGUGUGGAGGAUGCAAUUCUAUGAUUGCAAAGGGUGUCCGCUUCAAUGCAGAGAAAAAGCAAGUUGGGAAUUACUACUCCACAAAGAUAUGGAGCUUUACCAUGAAGUCUGCAUGCUGUAAACAUGAGAUCAUCAUCCAGACGGAUCCAAAGAACUGUGAGUAUGUGAUCAUCAGUGGUCCCAACUUAGAAGUCAAAAGAAAAGAGUUGCUGAAGAAGAGACUGCUUCCAGGAAAAGGGGCCUUGGCAUUCGACUGCUUCCGGCUUCAGAGCAAGAUGCUGUCACUGCAGCAAAGCUGCGUCCAUCUUCCCAGGAUUAUCUGUAUCUUGCAUGUCUGAUAAUAGAAGGCUGGAGCUAGAGUCUAAAAGAAGAAGAAUUUCUGCAAGCGAAGCUUCUAGCCUACUGGCUGGGGGAUAUAAGCCAUCAUCAUGGUCAGGAGCUUCAAUGAAUGUAAGACAUUAGAAAACAGAAAAAUGUCAGAGUUGGUCGCUCACCAGUGAUUUUGACUUCAGGCCUAGCGGAUUGGCAUUGGAGCUUGUACAUAGAAAAUGCUUAUUAAGUUACUUGUUUUAGGAGCUUAAGAUGAAAGUAUGGCAUUUUGUGAUAAUUAUAUAUUCUAUAGUGUAAGCCAUAUAUAGAAUGAGUGAUGGAAGUAGUUAAUUUUUUGAAUUCUUGGUUAGUUGUUGUGUAUAAAAAUGAAACACCAAAGAAAAA